AUGGCUGGUCGAUUAGCAUCCGAAGAUUCCGACGAGGAAUUUCAAGAAAGUCAACAUGCUAAAUUACAAAAUAGUUAUCGACACGCACGCGAAGACCAACGUGAAUAUACGAUCGAGAAGAAGGAUCAACUACGCACGCAAAAUAAAACUUUGCAACAAUUAACAAGAGAACGCGAUGAAUUGGACAAAGUUUAUAAAUUAGCUGAAAGUCUAGAAAAUCAGAAACGUGAUGAAGAGAAAACGAAAAAGCUGCAUGAACUUGUUCAAACCAAAGAUCAAAUUAAGAUGGAUAUCCGAAAUGAACAAGAUGAAUCAGGUAGAUUAGAUAAAGAAUUGCGCGAAUGGGAAAAGAAGAUUCGGCAAAAACUGUCGGAAACGGGCGGUGCACAUGCGUCAACCAAUUUCACCGCUAAUGUUCGGAAACAAGAACGAGUUCUCGAAAAUCGAUUAGAAACGGCUCUCCAACGAUUCAAUUCUCUUUUGACGACCAAUAGUUUGCUGCGUUCCGAAAUCGACAAUCUCCGAAACGAACGUGAACGCUUUGAAAAUCUCUCUCAAAAAUCGGAAAACGAACUGAAAGAAUUGCGUGCUCAAUUAGUUUCAUCUAUUGAAAAAUCAGUCACUGCUUACGACCAACGCAAAGAUGCCAAUACCAAAGCGAUCAUACUUCAAAAUAAGGCUGAAACAGACAAAGCAGCAUCGGAAGCUGAAAUGCGCGAACUUGAACGGCAAAUUUCUCACGAUCGUAAACUGCGCGAUUUCAUGAAAUUGAAAUCGCAAGAACGACCUGAAGAUGAAGAAUUAGUAACGUAUAGAAAACGGCGAGAAGCGGAAGCAGCAGAGAAACGUCGUAAGGAAAAAGAAGAACAUUCUAUCGAAGCGUACGAGGGUAAAUUCAAACAAAUUCAAGAAAUUAGUCAUGAACCAAAUCUGGAAAAACUUGUCGAUAAGUUCAUCGAAGUGGAAGACAAAAACUUUGCUCUAUUCAACUAUGUUAACGAAUUAAAUAAUCGAGUAGAGACAUUACAAGAACAAAUUUCGGAUACCAAGCGAGAAAUUCGUCAUUUUGAAUCACAAGGCGUGGAAUUGGAGUCUCAACGACAGAAUCUAUUAGCGAAAAUCGAACGUAAACGUACGCAAGCAGAUACUACAGGUCAAGAUUAUGAAGAUAAAACUCAAGCGACAAAGAAAACUCUCGAUCAAUGUCGAACAGGCGUGGAUUCCUUAUUUAAAAAGAUUGGUUGCGAUCGUCGACAAAUCGACAGUUCACUCCAAAGCCAUGAAGGUGUAACUGAAGAUAACAUCUCGAAAUAUUUGGGUAUCAUCGAAGAAAGAACAAAUGAAUUACUCACUGCUCAAGCGAUGAUCAACGCCAAAGAACAAAAUAUGCCGUUACGUGAGCGUGCUCCCAAUUUGAUCGGUGAUGGUCCAGCUGCUCCAACCACUCAAUACAAUCUUCACCUUCCAAACACUGAUGAUCGUCGUGAUCUUGACGAUCGUGAUGAUCGGGGCGAUGACGAGCUCAAACCAUUAACACGCGAAGAACUGAAACAACGUGCCGCAGAACAAGUCAAACAUUUAGAACGUAAAGCUCUUCAAGAACAAAAUAAAUACAAUGAUACGGCACUGUCAACUACACGCGAAAAGAGCGCGCCUGGAACAUCGAGAACAACUGGUGGAGAAAAUAGCAAAAUGACGUCUCGACGUUAG